AUGGUGGGGAGAGGGGAGAAGCUGGAGGAGCCUCUACUCCAUGAGGAUGACAGGGUAGGUGGCGAGGCGGACAUGGGGGAGAUAACCACCUGCCGGACUUUUCUGAAGGAGGCGGUGGAGGAGAACAAGAGGCUCUGGUACCUCGCGGGGCCGGCGAUCUUCACCUCCAUAGCGCAGUACUCCCUCGGCGCCGCCACCCAGGUCUUCGCCGGCCACCUCACCACGCUGGAGCUCGACGCCGUCUCCACCGAGAACAUGGUCAUCGCCGGCCUCGCCUUCGGGAUCAUGGUUCGUCUCCUCUCCUUGCCGCCGUAUCCUCUAUUUCCCUUCUUCCACUUCAUCCUCCUCAUCGUCAUCAUCCUCAUCUUCCUCAUCCGCUUGUGGCAACAAUAGAUCGGAUCUAGUCAACUCUGACAUCCGCGAAGAGACCAUCUCUCACCGGUCGAUUUCCUGCCACUUCUUAAAUCCCUCCGUUGACUCUAAGGCCUGCCAGGGCACGUCGCAUCUGACUUGACUAGCUGCCUUCCGUCCGCAGCCAUCUCCUCACUCCUUGGGAUUGGACGGAGGGGGGAUGAGGGCAGCGCAUCCAUCUCGAUUCUCUCAGAGCUCAUUUUAUAAUCAUCGCGUCUCUUUUAUUACCAAUGGUUAUGUGGAUCGGCCACUUACCCAGCUGACUCUCUGUUCUUAUUGAGUCGUUGGAACUAGCUGGGCCGUUACAAAGGCCCAAUAGAGAAGAUGAGGAGCUAUGAAGGACCCGCAUCCGUUAUAACCGGCUCCCUAUCCUUCUCCCCCUCCCUCCUCUUAUCCUAUUUAAAGGGCAGGGGAAUGGGAGAAGGUGAGUGAGAGCUGUGGAGAGUUCUAAGAGGUGGGGGGAGUGGACAAGUUGGGCUUGGUGAGAAGAGAAUAAUAUAGAGUUUUUGAUUAUUUAAUUUAGGUUUUUUCUUAUUAAAAGGAAAGAUGUUCAACAUCAAGUAGAGGAAAGAGAAUCCAAUAUUUAAGGGUCUAUUUCCAUUUUUUCUUCCCUCAUGGAAUUAUCAGUAGUUCUUGUAGAUGUAGAAGGAUUUAUUUAAGCAAGGUAAAUAUUGGGGUAUCACUUCAUAUUGCUCUUUCAUUUGUACUUUAAUCUUGCCAUUUUCAUUAUAAUACCUUUGAUAUUGGUCAUGUCCAUGCUUAAGGAUUUUUUUUUAUUUUAUAUCAUUUUUUUACAAACAUCAUUUUAUAUCAAAGCCAAGUUAGUCUUACCUCAUUAAGUAUGCUAUUGUAAAGAUAAUGGCAAAAUUUGAGGUUGCAAAAUUCAAUGGAAAGAUUGAUUUUGGUUUGUCAUAAAAGAGAGUAAAGACAAUCUUUGUACAACACUUCAUAAAGUACUUCAUAGAAAAGAAAAAACAUAAAGAUUAAGUGAUGAACAUUAAGAUAUAUUAGAUUUCAAAGUAAUUAGUAUAAUUAAUUUAUGUCUAUUUGAGGGGUUAAUUAUCAAAGUGGUUACUAUUAUUGAUUUAUGCAAAAAAUCAGAAAUAUUAUGUAAAAUAUUUUACAAGUAAAUUAUAUUUGAAUAAGAAAUUAACACAUGUGAUGAAGAAAAUAUCCUAGAAUAUGUAAAUACAUUCACUAAGUUGAUCUCACAUCUUCAUAGUAUGGAGGCCAAGGUGGUGUAAGAAGACUAAGCUGUUCUUUUCCCUUAAUUAUUACUUCAAUCUUAUGACCACUUAGUGACAACAAUCUUCUAUGGUAAAGAUAUCUUGAACUUAUGAGAGGUUAAUUAUAUAUUAGUAUUACAUCAGGUUGAAACAAACCUUUUAUAUGUAGUCUGAUAGUGAAAGGUUCAAGAGAAGAGAGAGGAUGUCUAAAAAAUAAUGACAGGGUAAGAAAAAUAAAUUAGUUCCAGUUCAAGAGGUAAUGAUAAAUGUUACUAAUAAUAUCAAGAAAGUAAUUGGAAAAUAGAUGAUGCUUUCAAUGUUGAAAGCAAGAAAGUAACUAGAAGGGUAAUGAACCAGUUGUGUAAGUCAAUAUCACUUUUAUUUUGAGAAGGAAUGAGAUGUUUUAACAAUCUCUUCAAGCAUAAAUUACUCCAAUAUAAGGGUAUUUUAUUCUACUGGUUUCUAUAUAUAUGUAUUCAUUUGGGGAUCGGUUUGACACAUACAUCCUAUUUUGGAAGUAGAAUUUUCAUGGGUACUAAAUGUUGAGUGAAAAACUAUUGAGAUAUUACCACUAAAAAUUAAUUUUUUUGAUACAGUGGUCAAAACUUUGGUAGAUGUUGUGUAUCAGAUGCACCAAACUUAAGAAAAAUUAUAAUCUGCCUAAGUACAUGAUGCAAACGAUUGGACUUAUACUAGCAUUAAUGGUUUUCUGAAAAUAAAAAAGGUGCUUUAGCUAACAGAAAGGGAGAGAAAAUUGGAUAAUUAUACAAGUUUCUGGAUACCAUUGUAUUUUGGUAAUGCAUUAAUCACAUCUCAUUUUAAAGAUGUUACUACCAUGUUCUGGCAUGUUAGGCUCGGGCAUAUAUAUUAAAAGAAAAGGUUAUAUUUGAACAAUCAGAAAUUACUUAAGGAUCUAAAAUCUUGUAAAGUUUAUUUCUGUAAAUCAUUUAUUCUUGGCAAACGAUGCAUACCUAAAACAACCAAAGGGGGUUAGUGGAGAAGUUAUGAUUGGUGAGAAGAAGGUAGGGUUCUUUCUUCUUCUAUUUGGGUCAUUUCUUUUCUCGUUGAAGAAGAAUAGUUUCGACAUUGAGUUGAGGAAAGAUAUCAAAUUUUUUUUGUAAGGCUAUCUCUAUUUGUUCUUCCAUCAAAUAAACAUAUCUAGCUCUCUCCAUAGGUGUAUAAUGAUUUCUCUAACCGUGCAAAUAUUUACAUAUCAGUUCUUAGUGCUUUUCCAAGUGUAUUUCAUCUUGUCAUCUUCGUUAUCUUGCCUUAGAUUCUUUGAACAUAUUAUACUCAGGUGGAUGACGAAUUUUUGAUUCAUUUUCCACCUAUCUCGCCCACACCCACACACACGAACAUCCCCCUUGCUCCCCGAUUAUUUGUAGCAGACAUGAAUAGUGCCGAUGGAUUCCCACAGCUCGGGAUGGGAAGCGCACUGGAGACGCUCUGCGGUCAGGCCUAUGGCGCGAAGCAGCUCCACAUGAUGGGUGUCUACAUGCAGAGGUCCUGGUUGAUCCUCAUGACCAUGUGCCUCUGCCUGAUGCCCAUCUACCUCUUUGCCACGCCGAUCCUGCGGUUUUUCGGUCAGGAGGAGGAGAUCGCUGUCCUCGCUGGGCGAUUCUCACUGUACAUGAUCCCCCAGCUAUUCGCAUACGGGGCCAACUUCCCCAUCCAGAAGUUCUUGCAGGCGCAGAGCAAGGUGAUGACCAUGGCCGUGGUGUCUGCGGUGGCGCUGUUGCUGCACCUCCUCCUCAGCUGGCUCUUCAUCGUGCGGCUCGGCCUGGGCCUCCCCGGCGCCGCCGCCUCGCUAAACAUCUCCUGGUGGGCGGUUGUGCUCGGCCAGCUCCUCUACAUCCUCAUGGGCAACUGCCCCGGCGCCUGGACGGGCUUCAGCUUGGCCGCCUUUCGGGAUCUCGCCGCCUUUGCUAGGCUCUCCAUCGCCUCCGCCAUCAUGAUGUGGUAAAGUGCACUCAUAGAAUCGCAUUUAUGAAGAUUUCCUAUUGCUCAUUCAAUAUCUGAGUUAUUGCCGCUACGUUCUCACGACGUGUAGUCUGGAGUUCUGGUAUUACAUGUUUCUGGUGGUGCUGGCGGGUCACCUGAGGAACGCCGAAGUCGCGGUCGCCGCCAUAUCCAUCUGGUAAGUAUGCACAAGUGCAUACUAUUAUGAGCAACAAAGUUUUUCGAUAAUGUGACGUAGCCCGUCUGUCGGCAGUGUGAACCUGAGCGGGUGGGAGAUCAUGGUGUUCAUCGGAUUCAACGCAGCAAUAAGGUAUGCUCGAUGGCCCGAAGUCGACUAACACUCUUUAGUAGUGAUCCUACCAUGUUAUGUAAAAAGUAGUCGAGUUAGUUCGUAGGAUAUAUCCCAACACAAGGUUAUAUAUAUUCCACUGUCGUAAGGACUUGAGCUAUUAGGUGGGUGGCCAUUACGGCCGGGGCAUCAUGGAUCAAGGGGAAGAGGAAAAGUCAGAUGAGGAGCAAAUCCGUAGAGAGAGACGAUGAGUCGUCGUUUUCACUGAGGUUUUUUCUUACCAUGUUAACAGAACACCCAGAUCUCGUUAGACAACAUUUAUGUGCUAAUUACAAAAAAUCCAUACGCUCUUAUUCCGAGAAUCAAUUUGAGUGAAAGUCGACAGAGCGAUCAAUCUUCUGAUGCAAUUGAAUUUGAUCAAAAAGCGUGAAAUUUUUAAUGAUUUGAAUGGAGCAGCGUGAGGAUUUCAAAUGAACUCGGAGCCGGGAGGCCGAGGGCGGCCAAGUUCUCCAUCCUCGUGGUCGUCAUCUUCUCCGCCCUCAUUGGGGUCUUCUUCAUGGCCUUGGUCCUCUCCCUCAGGGAGGUCUACGGUGUUCCCUUCACGAACAGCCCAGUCGUCUCCCGCGCUGUCUCCGAUAUCGCUGUCCUCUUCUCCUUCACUCUUCUCCUCAACAGCGUCCAGCCCGUCCUUACUGGUGAAUCUCCUAAUAAAUUCUUGCAGAAUUCUCUCUCUCUCUCUCUCUCUCUCUCUCUCUCUCUCUCUCUCUCUCUCUCUCUCUCUCUCUCUCUCUCUCUGUGUUUACCUGAGUGAAUUGGGGAGCUAUAGGUGUUGCCGUGGGAGCGGGAUGGCAGACCCUCGUCGCCUACGUAAAUCUCUUCUGCUACUACGUCGUCGGCCUUCCACUAGGGUUCUUUCUGGGAUCUUACUUCGAUCUGGGAAUCAAGGUAAUGGUUUGUAAGGAGAGGCAGAUAGAGUAGCGGAGUUAGCGAGGAAGAGUGGUAUGGUAGGGUGAUUCUGACCGAAAAUUUCGUGAAGGGCAUCUGGAGCGGGAUGAUCUCCGGGGUGUUGUUGCAGACAUCGAUACUCACGGGGAUCACGCUCUGCACAAACUGGAACAAGGAGGUCGGUGCCCUCUGUCUCUGUCUGUCUGUCUCUCUCUCUCUCUCUCUAUCUCUCUAUGUCUCGCGGAAAGAGUCGAUCUGACUAUGCAUUUUAUCCUUUGCUGCAGGCCGCGGCGGCAGAUUCCCGGAUAAAGGAAUGGGGAGGAUCGGUGGUAAACCCACAGAGCCAUUGCUACGCGUCGUAA